AUUCCAUGAUACACGUUGGUUGCACGGACUCUCGGAGCAGCCGGUCCAUCUCACUCGCUCGUGGAGAUGGCUUCCACCUUCCUCAACUCCGCGACGCCGUGCAAUGCCGCCGUCGUGUCCUCUUCCUCUCUCAGAUUCAAGUUCAAACUUAAAUUUCCCGCCAAAGCACCGCUACCGUCUCCUCCGACGGUCCUGUUUCGCGCCAAAACUCCCGUUACUUGUUUUAUCCCCGCCCACGGCGAUGCUUCUGUUCAGAAUGAUUUCUGCUUUCUGAAGAAGAGGGAAUUUGUCUUUUCUGCCGCGCUGCCAUUUCUUCUUAUUUUGCAUGGAUCCGUGGAAGGUUUUGGAGCUGAGGCGGCAGAAAGAUUGGAUAAAAGUGAAGAUGAACGGAUAAGAGAAGAAGUACGAAAGGUGGUAACCAAAUACAAUGCUGCUGGUUUGCUUCGUCUGGUAUUUCACGAUGCAGGAACUUUUGAAACGAAUGAUAAUUCAGGUGGUAUGAAUGGGUCUAUUAUUCACGAACUUGAUAGACCUGAAAACACAGGUCUCAAGAAACCAGUUAAGAUUCUUGGGAAAGCAAAGAGUACACUGGAUUUAAUAAGACCAGUAUCUUGGGCAGACAUGAUAUCAGUGGCUGGCACUGAAGCAGUUUCAAUCUGUGGAGGUCCAAGUAUUGCUGUUGAGUUGGGUAGAUUAGACUCGGGGAAGCCAGAUCCUGAAGGAAAACUUCCAGAGGAAUCUUUGGAUGCUUUUGGAUUGAAGCAAAGCUUCAGCAGAAAAGGAUUUGCAACACAGGAACUAGUCGCUCUAUCUGGAGCCCAUACCAUUGGCAGUAAAGGUUUUGGAAGCCCUGUUGUUUUUGAUAAUUCGUAUUUCAAAAUCCUUUUGGAGAAGCCAUGGUCGGAUACUGGUGGUAUGUCCAGUAUGAUUGGGCUGCCUUCAGAUCGUGCUCUCACUGACGACGAUGAAUGCUUGAGGUGGAUCAAAGAGUACGCCAACAACCAGAAUGUGUUCUUUGAAGAUUUCAAGAAGGCUUAUAUCAAGCUAGUAAAUUCUGGUGCAAAGUGGAAAAGCUAGCAAACAACCUAUUCCACAAGUAUACACACUAAAGCAAGGUUUAGCUGCUAUUUAUAAUUGGCUUCCGCACAUGUUAUCUGCGUUUUCGGCACCUUGAUCCAUUGUUGGUAGGUUGAAAGUGCACGGCGAAGCCAAAGUUGCAAUGAAGAUGAAGCCUUAAAUGCAUCAUGCCCCCAUCACCGUCCAAUUAGCUCUCUGAAGCUUUUGUCUCUUGUUGGCCCAAAAAUUGGAUUUAUCUUAUCAUGAAGAUAAUAUUAUAAUUACUUGCAAGUUAUUCUGCAGGCUAGACAAGUAUAGCAGUUUGUUUAACUUGACAGAACUCUCCUUAAGCUUCAUUGAAGUUACAAAUUCAAAAUAUAGUAAGUAAAGAAGGUUUAUUUCUUAAUGCAUCUCAAUGUUGCAAGGUUGACAA